AUGCCCCCAAACCAGGACAGAUCGAACCAAUCAAAGGAAUCUGCCAAUCUGGCGUCUGCCAAGUUGGAGGCUCGAAGCGGUCAGCCGUCACAAGACGAAGAUGGCUUUGUCGCCAUUCAACCGGACGACGUGGAAAUGCACGAUAGUGACUCGGACGCUGCUGCGCCAACUCAGAAACCGUCCCUUGAGUUACUAGAUCUCCAGCGCCUCAGUCACUCCGACAAAGCUGAGGAAGCGCCUGAAGAGGACGAAGACUCGGAAGACGAGCACGAUAUUAUGGCCAACCAUCCUUUAUUGAAUAUGCUUACAGGAAGGCUGGGGCAGCGACGACGCGGUUCUUCGCACAAAUGGGAUCACCUCCAUCCCGAGAAUCAGGCGCUGUCAGUAUCGAACGUAGAUCAAUGCACCUCACUUGAAGAAGAGGCGUUCCCACCUGAAGAGCGUGCAACCCGGGAGAAGUUCCUUUACCGACUCACCAGGUGUCCUGAGCUGAGCCUUGGUCUCUUCACCCAACCCACAAGAGCAGAGCUGAAGGAUCCGUCAAGGCCUGUUCAGCGACGACUAAUCGCGCAUAUCGUUUCAACCAGGACUCCCGCACCGGGCGUUACGGAAGCCUCGAUGGAGCUUCCCUCAAAUUGGAAGACGAGAAGAUCUUCGUUGCCAACCAGCGACGACGAUGAGCCUCUGGGCCAUCAGGACCUUGGCGGUACUAUCUGCGUGCAUUCCUUAGCAGUUGCACCCGAUCUCCAGAGAAUGGGGUUAGGUUCAGUGCUGAUGAAGUCGUACAUUCAACGGAUGAAAGAUUCCAAGAUCGCCGACCGGAUAGCCUUGCUUGCCCAUGAUCACCUCGUUCCCUUCUACAAAGGCCUUGGCUUUGAGAACAUGGGACCCAGUGCAGUCACGUCUCAUGGCGGGAACUGGAACAACAUGAUACUUGAAUUCAACCAUGAGGACGACGAUUAG